AUGUUCGAUGGGUUCAAUGGGGUACAUUUUCACCUGUUUCGAACACAUUGUACGAAAAAUGCAAAUAAUGAUCGACGACUUUGGACAUUUCCUUGGAUUUAUCAAAAUAAUUUAGCUCGAUUUACUCGCCUUUGUCAAGCACUUAUACCUUAUCUUUAUACAGCUGCAAGAUAUACUUAUGAUUCUGGUUUAUCAAUUGUUUUACCUCUUUAUUAUUAUUAUCCUGAACAUAAUGAAGCUUAUUCAUAUUCAAAUCAAUAUUAUUUUGGUCAAAAUAUAUUUGUUUCACCUAUUACUCAACCAGUAAAUAUAACUACUGGUCUUGUUCAUAAUUGGCCUAUUUGGUUUCCACCUGAUUAUCAAUGGGUUAAUUUCUUUACUAGUGAUCUUUCUUCAACUUCUACAAUGAAAUCUUUUACUAUUGAUGAAAUGCCUGUUUAUGCUCAAGUUGGUUCAAUUAUUCCACUUUUACCUGAACCAAAUUCAUAUCGAGAAAGAAUUGGUCGAGCUCAACAAAUUCCUCAAUCUCUUCUUUUAUAUACACUUAUUGGUGGAUCUUCAAAAGGAAGUGGAUAUGUUUAUGAUGAUGAUGGUUCAACAAUUGCAUAUCAAGAUUCUUCUCAUUUAGCUAGUGCUAUCACUCGUUUUUAUUAUACUGUAUCAGUAAAUACAUUACAAUUUACUAUUUUUCCAGCAUCAGGAUCUUUUUCUACAUUUCCAACAUCUCGUACAUAUGAAAUUCAACUUCGAGGUAUUUUUCCAGCUACAAAUGUUCUUAUCAAUAAUGUUAAUAUUUCUUUUGAACCAUUUAAUGAAUUAAUCAAUAGUCAAAAUAGUAUAACAAAUAGUUAUACAUAUGAUGGAUCAACUCUUUCCAUUAUUAUUUAUAUUCGACAAGCCGUAUCAACAUUAGAAUCAGUUGAAAUAGAAGUUGAAUUAUCAGAAAGUAUUACUAAUCCACUUCUUGUUCGAACACCAAUAUCAUUUAUUAGUCUUCUUAAUCGAUGUCAAUCAGCUAAAGCUCAUGCUGCUGCAACUGGUCUUCGUAUUACUCAUAGACCAUCAACUGCUAAAAGGGAAUUAAAAGCAUUUUAUAAUAAACGUAUACCAGGUGCAUGUAAUGAAUUAGCAACAAAAAUUGAUAAUAUUGAUCCAAAUAUUCGAAAUAUUUUAUUAGCUCAACUACAAUGCAAUUUAUUUACUAAGAAGAAAUUAAAUGAAAUAUGGAAUUUAAAGAAAUCUUCUAGAAAUUGA